AGAAGACAGCGGAGGUUGGUGUCAAAAGGAAGGUGGUUUUUCAAUAAAUAUAAGUUCCGUGUUUUUCAAGAUAUUUUCGUUCGUAUGAUGUCCAUAGAAGGGAAAGUAGCCAUCUGUAUCCCCAAACGUAGUUAUGUAAUAAACGCUUCGCAUCUCCAAACGUUAAUAAAUCCUAAGGAAACCGAUUUAUUCAACAAAAUCCAUCAAAAUGAAGAUUACCGACCUAAACAUCGACUGUCUUUUGCGAAUUUUUAAAUAUUUGUCGGAACGCGAGCUAGUCAUUCUGUGUGAAACGAGCAACUAUUUUAACGCCGUCAUCGAGCAAAACAUAUUCUAUGCUAUGACAAAGGAUUUGCUGCUAUGCGGACACCGAAACAGGCCAAGUGUCGAGAAAAGGAAUAGAAUACAGCUGACGUACUUUCGGCGUCUACAGGUUGCCAGAAACUGGCUGCGAGGUGUCUACAUGGAACGUCAUUAUUACCAUCAUGCGCAGAUGUUUUCAUCCAAGCUUUGGCUGGAUUCGGACGCCUUGUAUAUAACGCAUGCAAACUAUUUGCGCAAGUAUCGUCGGGCUGGUCCCGAGGCACUGCAGCGACGCUAUGAAGUGGAAAUAACUACACCCACCUUGUCGGAUAUAUCCGAUUUUGUUAAGAAGCAGGACACCAUUUUUGCUGGACGCGUGUGCGGCGCAUGCUUCGUUAGCGAUACGGAUGGCAUCACGGAGCAGGCAAUGCAUCAUGCCAAGGAAUACAUGUUCUCUGUGGACUUUGUUAACGAGGUGUAUGCCACCAGCACGGACACCUGCUGCAAGCUAUGGAAGCGUUCAACGGAAUUUGGACUCACCCAUUUCGAUCUAUUCAUGCAGCUGCAGCAUUCCUUUAAGUCCAUGAAGCUCAGCGAUGAUGCCCAGUGGCUCUAUGGUGGUCUCUACACAGAUACCGGACGCAAGGCGCUGCGCGCCAUCAAUGUGGACAGCGGCGAGGAACAAGUGCUCAACUCGAACACCAUUUCGAUUUACGAUCUAAAAAUCAAAGAUGAACAUGUAUUAUUUACCGCCAACUUUGAUACCACAUUCCGCAUGUUUGACCGACGCACAGAUCGUGAUGUUGCCGUUUGGGAGGAUCCGUUUGACUCGUCCAUCUACUGUCUGGAGUACGAUGGACUCUAUGCGGUGCUCUGCGGUGCCAAGUACCAUAGCCGCGUCAACCUUUAUGACAUUCGUGUGCCCGGCAAAUACAUACAAUUGUAUUUUCCGGGACGCGCCACGGCACGACAGAACUAUAGAAGUUCGCCCGUAUAUAGUCUUGCUUGUGACAGCCAAUAUAUGUUUAUUGCCACGGAUCACAACUUGCAAGUACUUGAUUUCACAACCAACUAUGGUGUCCAAAGAGAUUACAGUCAUUUUCAUGAAAGCCUAAGAUAAACGAACAACAAAAUUUGUAAUUAAUUGCUUGAACUCACAAAUAAAUUAAGUAGUUUUUAUGUAGAGACAUUGUUUGGAUCUCAAAAAGAAAGAUCAUUAAAAAGUACCUUCUAUUUGUUGAAUGGACCGCAGAUUAAUUUGUGUUUGCGCGAGCAGGCUUCCUCUGAAUUGUACUCUUAAAUUGUUAAGCACUUGAUUAUUUAUUUUUAUACCCAUUAUUAUUAUGAUGAUAUAUUUAUUUGCAUUUGCCUUGCGGCUUGUUUCCAAACGAAAUAAGAUUUCGGUUAACAAAUUGCAUUGGCCAGCUUAUUGAAAUAGUCGACAAGGUAAAAUCUUAUAUUAAUAGACCACAAACUUAUGCUAAACAAAAA